GUCCCGCUCAAACUCCAUCGCCUCUUGUCGUUGUUCAUGGCUUUUUCUUUUGCGGUUAUCUCUGGUAGUGUCGGGCUGAAUUCACUGGUCAAAUCGAAUCAACAGACCAGCACCGUCAAGAAACUCUUGCCAGCGGGGACUUCGUUGGUCGUGGACGACAAUGAUGUCUUUCAUUCAGGCGUUGUCAUUACCACCAUCUCGGCCUUGAUCGCUUUGCUCACUCUCAUAUACAUCCUCCUGCUUCUUCUGAGCCAUCGCAUGACCAAAAACAACCGAUUUACGCGUCUCUCAAAUCAGCUUCUGCCUUUUGAAUGGAUGUCGCUCGCGUUUUGCGCUGUAUGGCUUUUCGCGACCCAAGUUCCGUUCACGCAUUUUUUCGCUACGCGAAGUGCUCAGGUUACCGCGUUGGCCGGCGAUGUUCAAAUUCCACCGGGUCUGGUGCAGAUCGUCGAAAAUCAGCUGGGGUUUACGACAGUGUAUAGGCGUAUCCACUAUUUGCGACUUUUGGCUAUCCUACCUUGGUUCGCGUUUCUUUUCACUUCUAUCGCCGCUGUUGUUAGCUUCUUGGCAUCUCGUCGGCGU